CUUCCUUUCAAGGAAAAUAGCUAUGCAAACUCGUACUUAUUUGUUCACUAACUUGUGACGUGGCUUGUGAAAGUCCAUGACUUCGAUUUUGCUCUCAUACUUCCUCGUUAUGUGACAGACCUCUACUACCAUUUCGCUUCGGGUUCGCGGUGGAGCGAUUGCUUUGUGGGAAGUUCUUGCGGUAAAAGCACCGUGGCUGGUAUACAGCGUAUAAGCACACUAUAAUAAUCUGUGGUACUAUAGCUUCCCCAAUCGGCUAAACCCUUUAUUCAUGCCUGAAUUACAUCUAAAGCAUUUGCUUGAGGUGAAUGCACUUCGGUUGAGCUUUCAAGAGAGGAAAAGAUACAUUUCUCCGGAAUAAUAUGAAACGAAGAAUCAAUCUUUUCAUCGGCGUCCUGUCAAUGGCCGUUAUCUGUCUCUUGGUGACUGCGGGUACUACAACUCCCCGGGUAAGAUGCAUUUUCGUAUCAGAAGAGGAUAUUCCUGACCGCCAUGGGAUAGCAGACUCGAUGGUUCAAAGCAACGGUCUACUUACGAGAGAAACUGUUCUGGAUGCGUUACUUCAGAAACGUAAAAACUCUCAAAGUGGUAUCGCCGAUUCUGCGAAAUCUGCCGCUGGGCACAGGAAUAUAACGAAGAGGGAAAUUGAAAGUCCAGAAAAUUGGAACAAGGAAAACAAAACGGUUGAAUUCAAAGAUCUACCGCGAGAGGACGCCGUCACGGUUGAGGACGAGUCGACUAUCCUGAAUCAAUCUCCAUCUGAUUUGGACCCGGAUCGCUUCAAGUUCAUCUACCGACGUGAGAGGAUAAGCAAAAAUGGCGCCAAAAUCAACCUCAUCCCCGAGAAACUCAGAUGGCGCCAUAGCCCAGAGAGACAUAAUGUGUGCAAUUCGACGGAUCCAUUAAUCCUGGCCAUCGUAGUUUCCUCCGUGGCCAAUCUCCAGCGAAGGGAAUACAUACGAAGGACGUGGGGGAGCCCACGACUUUACCCAUAUACUCGCAUACGAUGUGUAUUUAUCAUCGGGUUGACGACAGAUGCGGACCUUCAAGAAGCCAUCGAUAGAGAAUACGAUGAACACGGCGACCUCGUUCAAUAUAACUAUGUCGAUCUCUAUGAGUAAGUCAAUUACGAAUUAAAUUCAGAUUCCAGUUAUAAGUAUUUUCUGGUUACGGAAACUGACUCAAGUUUUUGGUAAAAAUUUGAAUAUAAGAUGUCAUACAAACGCGCAAAUGAACAUACAAACGCACAUGUAUACAUACACAUACGUCAAUUUAUAGUUAAUCCUUCAUUUUGAACCUGACACUAUAUACUUUUCAUG